AGCCUUGUUCUUGUAUUCUUGUGCCAGCAAGCACCCUCGUCUCCACACCAUAAAAGGAGGAGAGUUUCCUGGUUUUUGUCUUCCUCUAGUUGCACAAAUCCCAUCUUUUCUGUUUCACUUACCUCUCUUUUUUUUUUCCUUAGUUUUUCUGUAGAAAAUUAAUCUUGCUGCAGCUAGCUAGAGAGCUGCUGCAACAAGCUUAGUGAGACAAACACUUGUUUGUAAAUUAAAUAAAGUGAACAUUUUCAAUAGAUUCUUCUCUUUUCUUUGGCUACCUUCAAUGUCAAACAUCACAAGCUGUGAUAGUGGAAGCUUCUCUACAGAGAAUACCAGAGAAGAUGCACUUAAACAGCAACAAGAGAUGCUUGGCCAGUUCCAUAGUCCACAUUCUCAUACUUCAACAACAACAACAAAUAACAGCAAUGGUUCCAACAAUAAUUCACAACCACCUGCACCUGUUAAGAAGAAAAGGAGCCUACCAGGAAAUCCAGAUCCAAGUGCUGAAGUUAUAGCUUUAUCACCAAACACACUCAUGGCCACGAACAGGUUCAUAUGUGAAAUCUGCAACAAAGGGUUUCAAAGAGAUCAAAACCUUCAGUUGCACCGGCGGGGUCACAAUUUACCAUGGAAGCUUAAACAAAGAACCAGCACAGAAAUUCGAAAGCGGGUUUAUGUUUGUCCAGAACCUUCGUGUGUCCACCACAACCCUGCAAGAGCACUGGGUGAUCUCACUGGCAUCAAAAAGCACUUCUGCAGAAAGCACGGCGAGAAGAAGUGGAAAUGUGAUAAGUGUUCAAAGAAAUAUGCUGUUCAGUCUGACUGGAAAGCCCAUUCAAAAAUCUGUGGUACAAGGGAAUACAAAUGUGAUUGUGGAACCAUCUUUUCCAGAAGAGAUAGCUUCAUUUCGCACAGGGCUUUCUGUGAUGCACUAGCUGAGGAGAACAACAAAGCCAAUGAAGGACAAUUGUCAAAGAUAGGUUCAAACAUGCAAUGCCAACCAAUACCAAACCUCGUUUCCUCAUUACCACUCAACACCAAUAUUCCCAACCCACAAAUUGGUGGCGCCUCGAAAUUCAACCAUUCUGAUCACAAGCAUCCACUUUCACUGCCACAAGAACUCAUGCCAAUGCCUUCAGCAAAACCCUUCAACAGCAACAUGCCGGGGAACUUGUUCACAAGAAGCCUUUCAUCCACCUCUUCUCCCUCUCUUCAACUAAGUUCAAACAUGUUCGAGGAAAACGGGCUUCACUUAGCUGCAGGUUCGCCACACAUGUCAGCCACUGCGUUGCUGCAAAAAGCUGCACAAAUGGGUGCAACAGUGACGGAAAAAACCUUUGCAACAAACAUGGCACCGCCAUCAUUUGGUGUGGUGCAACAACAACAACAACCAAAUGGGCAAUCCUUCAUGAACCAGUACAUGCACAAUGGCCAACACGAUAUCAAUAUUUCUGCUCAGUAUACUAAUUUUGGUGCAAAUGGAAUGGGAGGAGGAGGUGUUGGAAUGAAUGGUGUGGAUAUGUUCAACGCAAUAUUGGAUCAAAGCAAGGCUUUAUCGAAGAUCAUAGAGCAAAACAGUAGAAGCAAUAGUGGAGGACCAACAAACGGUGGGUCAAGUAGUGCCAUUAACAUUGGUGGAACCAAAGGAAGCGGAGAUGUGACGACUCUUGACUUGUUGGGGAUAGGAGGAGGAGGAGGAGGAGGUGCUGCUGCUGCACAUGGAAAUUUCUAUGGUGGUACGCAACAAGCAGAAAGUGGUGCAGCAGAUGAGGUUUGGAGAAAUUGGUCGAGUAAGAAUGCGGGCUUUGAAUCAUUUUCAGCAACAAGCAGCAUUUGAAAAGAACCAAGGAAUAAUAGUCAACCUUUUAGAGGGUGGAAUUUUCAGCUGAGUUUGGUCGUUAUGUGCUUGUUUUUCUUUAACUAAUCCCCCCUUUCGGCCAUAUAUAGUAUACAAGUCGUGGAAGAAAUCCAAAGUGUCUUUCUAAAGAGGAAGGCGCAUUAAAUCAUCGAUAGUGGUCGAUUUUACCAUGACAAGCUAGCCAGUGUAACAGUGUACACUUUAAUUUGGUCCCAUAAAUUGAAUGUGUUCCACUGUUGAAAUUUAUGGCAAAUCAUUAAGAAUUCCCUACUCAUGCACACUGAGUUUAUGUUAUAUACUCCAUCUAUUUUUUUUCUAACUUUUAUGUAUUUUAUAAUAUCAAGAAUAUAAUUCUAAAUAUAAAAUCAUGUUAACUGUUUUAUG